AUGUCCGCCAUUGGAACUCUCGUCUUCUGCACCGAUUGCGGUAACCUUCUACCCGCGUCAAUGGGCACGGAGAAGAACACCCUCACCUGCGACUGCUGCGGUGCCGAUAACAAGGACACUGGCGCCAAGACGAUUACUACACAGACCAAGCCUUCCGAUUUCCCUUCCCAACUCAGACAGAAGCUUCAGUCCAACGUUCAGGCUGUCGACAGAACCAACGUCAACACCGAGGCCACGAUCAGGGAGACAUGCCCCAAGUGCGGCGCAGAGGAGGUCCGCUUCACCGCCGUGCAGCUUCGCAGUGCAGACGAAGGCAGCACCAUCUUCUUCACCUGCGAAUGUGGUUUCAAGUGGUCUCAUAACAACUGA